GUAUGGUCCCAAAAUGCCUCUUGCAGUGGAUUGCACUGCUGAGCUGAUUCGAUGCAAGGUCCUGGAUUCAUCUGGCAGGUUGAAAUCGCACGAGCUCAUCCUCUCUUACGGGCUGGCGCUUGUCAGGUUUGUCAACUUGAUCACAGAAAGGAAACAGAAAAUGGUCAGCAUUCCUCUGAGACAAUUAGCCAGAGAGGUGGAUAUCCCCAUCUGGGUUGUGGAUCUCCGUCACGAGUUGACCCAUGGGAAGCUGCCACGGUUGGCUCUGUGCCGCAAGGGUGAGUGCUGCUGGUGGGCGGCAUUGGGAGGGCCCGGCCUGAGGUGCACUCGGUGGCAACGCCAGUGCGGCAGGCCCUGA